GGCAGCGUUUGCGAGGGGUCCCUCGACAGCGGUGAAUGGCUCUCCCCAAGUCUUAUCUAAAACAACUCUCACGUUCACUGUGAAAAACCUAGUGGCUCCCCUUCUGUCCUUUUUCGACGACACCUUUUUGGUCUCUCAACACCGAUCCUACGAAACCGACAUCAUGUUCAAGUGGGCGCAGCAGCAGCUGGCCAACGUCGCCGGCACGCAGGAGCCCAUCUAUGGCGCCUCUGCCAUCAAGUCGGUCGCCGAGGAAGCCGAGACGACGCCUUACUCAGAGCUCACCAGGGACGACCUAAAAUGGCAAGCCAUGGAAUCCACCAGCGUCGAAACACAGACCUUCUACUUCAUGGCCGACAGUGGGCAGCUUGCCUUUGCCCAAGUCAUCUAUAGCAACGUGGCCGGCAUCCGCACGACCUGCCAGUUUAACUGCAAGAUCUUCAACCUCGACGGCUCGAAGCCCCACCUCUGGUCCACGAACCCGUUGAGCAACCACGACUUCAGCGAAGACCGGACCGGUUUCUACGCCGACGAUUGCGCCCUGGAGCUCUCCGAGGAUGGAACCACAUAUACAAUCAAGUCGAUGAACGACGAUCAGGCCAUUGUAAACCUAACCGUCAAGCGGACGGCCCCGGGUUUCAAGGCUGGAAAGACCGGCAACACGCUGUUCGGCACAGACCUCGCCAACCCGUGGGGAUCCAUGCGCCACGUCUUCUGGCCGAGGUGCACUGCCGAGGGAACUGUCACGACCAAGGAGGGCCCCGUCGACUUCAAGGGCAAGGCCUUCUUCUCCUUUGCUCUGCAGGGUAUGAAGCCGCACCAUGCCGCGGCCAAAUGGAACUUUUGCAAUUUCCAGGGCCCAACGUACUCGGCCAUCCUGAUGCAGUUUACCACCCCGCCAUCGUAUGCUUCCACCGUGGUCAGUGUGGGUGUCAUUGCCAAGGAAGGGGAGAUCCUUGUUGGCGGCUGCAAGAGCGAUGUCACACACAUUCAAACCAAGAGUGACAGUGAGAACGACUGGCCAGAGCCGACGACCAUCAAGUACACGUGGGCCGGGACAACCAAGGAUGGAAAGCCUGUGGAGGCCGCCAUUGAGGGCGGCCUUGAGGAUAAACUAGACAGGAUAGACGUGAUGGCCGAGGUCCCCGGUUUCGUGAAGAAGAUCGUGGCCGGAGCCGCAGGCACGAAGCCGUACAUCUAUCAGUACUCGCCGCAAAAGACGAAGCUAUCGCUAAAACUCAAGAUCGGGGAUCAGGAGAUUUCCGAGGAGGGCUUCGUGUUCAGCGAAGCAACCUUUAUUUCUGAAUAGACGUCUAUCUUAGUCGGGUAGAGGGGCUUUGGGUACAAUGUCUGGCAAACAGGUGUCAAGACCGGCGUUGGGGAUGGUUACGAUCAGAAACUGGACACUCGUUAUACGGUUAUACACGUUGCACAGAACCUGAGCGGAGGGCAUGGGAAUGGCCUAGACAGGAGAGACGGGUUGCUGGUCUGUUGAAUACGUAAUAAUAAGAUCCCUAGUAACUCAGGGAACUCAACAGCUGCACUAAUAUAAUUGCCAACGCUCGAAAAGUUGCGAUAUGAGAGGU